AUGGCACCUUUCCAUGAGCUGCAAAAUGUCUUCUUGAAGCUGACAGGAAGGCGUCGCGCGGACACUUUGAAGACGUCGAAAGCUGAGAAUGACGACUUAAUGCCCAAGAACAUGGCUUUGAGGGAGAAGAUCCAGGGUUUGAGCAAUGACAUUCACAAGAAACAGCAGCUUGGUGAAUUUGAAGAAGGGUCGUCCCAGGACAAACUCGGGGGCGAGCACGAUGUGGUGAGUAGGAUAUUUGGGACUGUCGAAGAGCAGCUCAAGAGCCUACUUCGGGAAAUGCAAUCCAUAAAAAACAGGUUCAGCAGCCUUCCAUGUCAGGGGGAGGAGUACGAGGCUCUGAAGUCCGAGGAACUUGACAUAAGGCGAAAAUGUGCCUACCUCGAUAAAGAGGUGAGGGAACUUAGUGAGAAGAUCCAAAAUAAUGGCACCGUAGAGGCCACCAUGUACCAGGGCAUGAUCUCCAAAAACAACGAAUUGGAGCUUCAACUACAGAAUCUCUUGGAAGAGCGGAAUUUUAAGUAUGAUAAGCUGGCUAGCAUAAAUGCUGUCAAACCUGAGUAUCAAGAUGCACAGUCUAGGCAGAGAGAGCUUAAUGUUCAGAUUGAGGAAGCGCGUUCAGUGAUCCAGUUCUUUAAUGCUACGAUUGAAUCAGUCAUUGAAUGGAGACGGGACACAGAGGAAAUCACCAGAUUAAAUGGUUCCCUUGAAGAAGAACUAAAGUUUCUCAAGCACAGGAAAGAGCAGCUUCAGGAACGUUACCAGCUGUCUAUGGAAGAGAUAGAGGGGUUUUGCUGGCAGCACCAGGCUCUCCAGCAGGACGUUGAGGAUCUCAGGACGGUGUUUGAAAAGGAGAGAAAAGUGCAGAGUAAUAUAGACGCAAUGACAGCGUCAAAUGAGGAGGAAAAGAGUCUAACUGGCAAGUUGCAAGUACAGAUCUCUCAGCUUUCAAAGAGGCUUCUGGGUUUCGAGAAUCUGCAGGGGUCAUACAACAAUGCGAAGGCAGAAGAAGAGUUGAUUUUCCAGCAAAAUCAGUUAUUGCAACAACAGAAAGAGGAGUUGUGUCGAGACCUUCAAAAUGAGGACACCAUGAGGGGAGAUUGCAACGAAAUGGUGACAGCAAAAGUCGCCUUGAGCAAUGAAAAUGUCUUGCUGCAAAAAGACAUUUUGCAGCUCAAGGAAAGGCGUCAGCGUUUCGUGGACCUAGAGGACACUUUCAAGGAGGCGAAAGCUGAGAAAGAGGGGGUUUGCUGGCAGAACCAGGCUCUGCAGCAGGAGGUUGAGGAUCUCAGGACGGAGCUUGAAAAGGAGAGCACAGCACAGAGUGAGAUAGAUGCAAUGACAAGGUCAAAUGAGGAGGAAAGGUGUGAAAUUGGCAAGUUGCAAGUAGACGUUUCUGAGCUUUCAAAGAGGCUUCUGGGUCUCGAGAAUCUGCAGGGGUCAUACAACAUUGCGAAGGCAGAAAAAGAGUUGAUUUUCCAGCAAAGUCAGUUAUUGCAACAACAGAAAGAGGAGUUGUGUCGAGACCUUCAAAAUGAGGGGAUCAUGAGAGGAGAUUGCUACGAAAUGGUGACAGCAAAAGUCGCCUUGAGCAAUGAAAAUGUUUUGCUGCAAAAAGACAUUUUGCAGCUCAAGGAAAGGCGAAAGCGAUUCGUGGACCUAGAGGACACUUUCAAGGAGGCGAAAGCUGAGACAGAGGACUUAAUGAGGAAGAACACAGCUUUGAGGGACACGAUCCAGGGUUUGAGCAAUGAGGUUCACAAGGAAAAGCAUCUCAGGGUAAAGUUUGAGGCCUUGAAUGCAUCCAAUGAGACCCUGAGGCAUGAUAGUGACGCCAUGGGGAAGGAACUUGUGGAUCUCAAUCAACAGCUUGGUGUUUUGAAGAAGGGUCGUUGUCAUUUGGCGACACUUGAUCACCUGGAUGAUUUGAACGUGGAAAAUGACUACCUGCAAAAGAAUUUGGAGAAUGUCAAGAAAGAGAUCGAUCGUAAGAAACACAAACUCCUCAAACUGGAAGUCAGCGAAGCAGCCUCCCAGGUGAAACACAGGUUCCUGAAAGAGGUGCUCUCUGAGGCCCAGGACAAACUCGGGGGCGAGCGCGAUGGGGUGAGUAGGAGACUUGGGGUUGUCGAAGAGCAGCUCAAGAUCCUACUUCGGGAAAUGCAAUCCAUAAAAAACAGCUUCAGCAGCCUUCCAUGUCAGGGAGAGGAGUACAAGGCUCUGAAGGCCGAGGAACUUGACAUAAGGCGAAAAUGUGCCUACCUCGAUAAAGAAGUGAGGGAACUUAGUGAGAAGAUCGAAAAUAAUGGCACCGUAGAGGUUAUGUUCCAGGGCAUGAUCUCCAAAAACAAGCAAUUGGAGCUUCAACUACAGAAUCUCGAGGAAGAGCGGAAUUUUAAGUAUGAUGAGCUGACUAGCAUGGAUGCUGUCGAAGCUGAGAAACAAGAUGCACAGUCUAGGCAGAGAGAGCUUAAUGUUCAGAUUGAGGAAGUGCGUUCAGUGAUCCAAGGCUUUAAUGCUACAAUGGAAUCGCUCAUUGCAUUGGGACGGGACGCAGAGGAAAUCACCAGAGUAAAUGGUUCCCUUGAGAAAGAACUUAAGUUUCUCAAGCACAGGAAAGAGCAGCUUCGGGAACGUUACCAACUGUCUAAGGCCGAGUUAGAGGGGGUUUGCUGGCAGAACCAGGCUCUCCAGCAGGACGUUAAGGAUCUCAGGACGGAGCUUGGAAAGGAGAGCACAGUGCAGAGUGAGAUAGACGCAAUGACAGCGUCAAAUGAGGAGGAAAGGAAUCAAACUGACGAGUUGAAAGUAGAGAUUUCUGAGCUUUCAAAGAGGCUUCUGGGUCUCGAGAAUCUGCAGGGGUCAUACAACAUUGCGAAGGCAGAACAAGAGUUGAUUUUCCAGCAAAGUCAGUUAUUGCAACAACAGAAAGAGGAGUUGUGUCGAGACCUUCAAAAUGAGGGGAUCAUGAGAGGAGAUUGCUACGAAAUGGUGACAGCAAAAGUCGCCUUGAGCAAUGAAAAUGUCUUGCUGCAAAAAGACAUUUUGCAGCUCAAGGAAAGGCGAAAGCGAUUCGUAGACCUAGAGGACACUUUCAACGAGGCGAAAGCUGAGACAGAGGACUUAAUGAGGAAGAACACAGCUUUGAGGGACGAGAUCCAGGGUUUGAGCAAUGAGGUUCACAAGGAAAAGCAUCUCAGGGUAAAGUUUGAGGCCUUGAAUGCAUCCAAUGAGACCCUGAGGCAUGAUAGUGACGCCAUGGGGAAGGAACUUGUGGAUCUCAAUCAACAGCUUGGUGUUUUGAAGAAGGGUCGUUGUCAUUUGGCGACACUUGAUCACCUGGAUGAUUUGAACGUGGAAAAUGACUACCUGCAAAAGAAUUUGGAGAAUGUCAAGAAAGAGAUCGAUCGUAAGAAACACAAACUCCUCAAACUGGAAGUCAGCGAAGCAGCCUCCCAGGUGAAACACAGGUUCCUGAAAGAGGUGCUCUCUGAGGCCCAGGACAAACUCGGGGGCGAGCGCGAUGGGGUGAGUAGGAGACUUGGGGUUGUCGAAGAGCAGCUCAAGAUCCUACUUCGGGAAAUGCAAUCCAUAAAAAACAGCUUCAGCAGCCUUCCAUGUCAGGGAGAGGAGUACAAGGCUCUGAAGGCCGAGGAACUUGACAUAAGGCGAAAAUGUGCCUACCUCGAUAAAGAAGUGAGGGAACUUAGUGAGAAGAUCGAAAAUAAUGGCACCGUAGAGGUCAUGUUCCAGGGCAUGAUCUCCAAAAACAAGCAAUUGGAGCUUCAACUACAGAAUCUCGAGGAAGAGCGGAAUUUUAAGUAUGAUGAGCUGACUAGCAUGGAUGCUGUCGAAGCUGAGAAACAAGAUGCACAGUCUAGGCAGAGAGAGCUUAAUGUUCAGAUUGAGGAAGUGCGUUCAGUGAUCCAAGGCUUUAAUGCUACAAUGGAAUCGCUCAUUGCAUUGGGACGGGACGCAGAGGAAAUCACCAGAGUAAAUGGUUCCCUUGAGAAAGAACUUAAGUUUCUCAAGCACAGGAAAGAGCAGCUUCGGGAACGUUACCAACUGUCUAAGGCCGAGUUAGAGGGGGUUUGCUGGCAGAACCAGGCUCUCCAGCAGGACGUUAAGGAUCUCAGGACGGAGCUUGAAAAGGAGAGCACAGUGCAGAGUGAGAUAGACGCACUGACAGCGUCAAAUGAGGAGGAAAGGAAUCAAACUGACAAGUUGAAAGUAGAGAUUUCUGAGCUUUCAAAGAGGCUUCUGGAUUUCGAGAAUCUGCAGGGGUCAUACAACAUUGCGAAGGCAGAACAAGAGUUGAUUUUCCAGCAAAGUCAGUUAUUGCAACAACAGAAAGAGGAGUUGUGUCGAGACCUUCAAAAUGAGGGGAUCAUGAGAGGAGAUUGCUACGAAAUGGUGACAGCAAAAGUCGCCUUGAGCAAUGAAAAUGUCUUGCUGCAAAAAGACAUUUUGCAGCUCAAGGAAAGGCGAAAGCGAUUCGUAGACCUAGAGGACACUUUCAACGAGGCGAAAGCUGAGACAGAGGACUUAAUGAGGAAGAACACAGCUUUGAGGGACGAGAUCCAGGGUUUGAGCAAUGAGGUUCACAAGGAAAAGCAUCUCAGGGUAAAGUUUGAGGCCUUGAAUGCAUCCAAUGAGACCCUGAGGCGUGAUAGUGACGCCAUGGGGAAGGAACUUGUGGAUCUCAAUCAACAGCUUGGUGUUUUGAAGAAGGGUCGUUGUCAUUUGGCGACACUUGAUCACCUGGAUGAUUUGAACGUGGAAAAUGACUACCUGCAAAAGAAUUUGGAGAAUGUCAAGAAAGAGAUCGAUCGUAAGAAACACAAACUCCUCAAACUGGAAGUCAGCGAAGCAGCCUCCCAGGUGAAACACAGGUUCCUGAAAGAGGUGCUCUCUGAGGCCCAGGACAAACUCGGGGGCGAGCGCGAUGGGGUGAGUAGGAGUCUUGGGGUUGUCGAAGAGCAGCUCAAGAUCCUACUUCGGGAAAUGCAAUCCAUAAAAAACAGCUUCAGCAGCCUUCCAUGUCAGGGGGAGGAGUACAAGGCUCUGAAGGCCGAGGAACUUGACAUAAGGCGAAAAUGUGCCUACCUCGAUAAAGAAGUGAGGGAACUUAGUGAGAAGAUCGAAAAUAAUGGCACCGUAGAGGUCAUGUUCCAGGGCAUGAUCUCCAAAAACAAGCAAUUGGAGCUUCAACUACAGAAUCUCGAGGAAGAGCGGAAUUUUAAGUAUGAUGAGCUGACUAGCAUGGAUGCUGUCGAAGCUGAGAAACAAGAUGCACAGUCUAGGCAGAGAGAGCUUAAUGUUCAGAUUGAGGAAGUGCGUUCAGUGAUCCAAGGCUUUAAUGCUACAAUGGAAUCGCUCAUUGCAUUGGGACGGGACGCAGAGGAAAUCACCAGAGUAAAUGGUUCCCUUGAGAAAGAACUUAAGUUUCUCAAGCACAGGAAAGAGCAGCUUCGGGAACGUUACCAACUGUCUAAGGCCGAGUUAGAGGGGGUUUGCUGGCAGAACCAGGCUCUCCAGCAGGACGUUAAGGAUCUCAGGACGGAGCUUGAAAAGGAGAGCACAGUGCAGAGUGAGAUAGACGCACUGACAGCGUCAAAUGAGGAGGAAAGGAAUCAAACUGACAAGUUGAAAGUAGAGAUUUCUGAGCUUUCAAAGAGGCUUCUGGAUUUCGAGAAUCUGCAGGGGUCAUACAACAUUGCGAAGGCAGAACAAGAGUUGAUUUUCCAGCAAAGUCAGUUAUUGCAACAACAGAAAGAGGAGUUGUGUCGAGACCUUCAAAAUGAGGGGAUCAUGAGAGGAGAUUGCUACGAAAUGGUGACAGCAAAAGUCGCCUUGAGCAAUGAAAAUGUCUUGCUGCAAAAAGACAUUUUGCAGCUCAAGGAAAGGCGAAAGCGAUUCGUAGACCUAGAGGACACUUUCAACGAGGCGAAAGCUGAGACAGAGGACUUAAUGAGGAAGAACACAGCUUUGAGGGACGAGAUCCAGGGUUUGAGCAAUGAGGUUCACAAGGAAAAGCAUCUCAGGGUAAAGUUUGAGGCCUUGAAUGCAUCCAAUGAGACCCUGAGGCGUGAUAGUGAUGCCAUGGGGAAGGAACUUGUGGAUCUCAAUCAACAGCUUGGUGUUUUGAAGAAGGGUCGUUGUCAUUUGGCGACACUUGAUCACCUGGAUGAUUUGAACGUGGAAAAUGACUACCUGCAAAAGAAUUUGGAGAAUGUCAAGAAAGAGAUCGAUCGUAAGAAACACAAACUCCUCAAACUGGAAGUCAGCGAAGCAGCCUCCCAGGUGAAACACAGGUUCCUGAAAGAGGUGCUCUCUGAGGCCCAGGACAAACUCGGGGGCGAGCGCGAUGGGGUGAGUAGGAGACUUGGGGUUGUCGAAGAGCAGCUCAAGAUCCUACUUCGGGAAAUGCAAUCCAUAAAAAACAGCUUCAGCAGCCUUCCAUGUCAGGGAGAGGAGUACAAGGCUCUGAAGGCCGAGGAACUUGACAUAAGGCGAAAAUGUGCCUACCUCGAUAAAGAAGUGAGGGAACUUAGUGAGAAGAUCGAAAAUAAUGGCACCGUAGAGGUCAUGUUCCAGGGCAUGAUCUCCAAAAACAAGCAAUUGGAGCUUCAACUACAGAAUCUCGAGGAAGAGCGGAAUUUUAAGUAUGAUGAGCUGACUAGCAUGGAUGCUGUCGAAGCUGAGAAUCAAGAUGCACAGUCUAGGCAGAGAGAGCUUAAUGUUCAGAUUGAGGAAGUGCGUUCAGUGAUCCAAGGCUUUAAUGCUACAAUGGAAUCGCUCAUUGCAUUGGGACGGGACGCAGAGGAAAUCACCAGAGUAAAUGGUUCCCUUGAGAAAGAACUUAAGUUUCUCAAGCACAGGAAAGAGCAGCUUCGGGAACGUUACCAACUGUCUAAGGCCGAGUUAGAGGGGGUUUGCUGGCAGAACCAGGCUCUCCAGCAGGACGUUAAGGAUCUCAGGACGGAGCUUGAAAAGGAGAGCACAGUGCAGAGUGAGAUAGACGCAAUGACAGCGUCAAAUGAGGAGGAAAGGAAUCAAACUGACAAGUUGAAAGUAGAGAUUUCUGAGCUUUCAAAGAGGCUUCUGGGUCUCGAGAAUCUGCAGGGGUCAUACAACAAUGCGAAGGCAGAACAAGAGUUGAUUUUCCAGCAAAGUCAGUUAUUGCAACAACAGAAAGAGGAGUUGUGUCGAGACCUUCAAAAUGAGGGGAUCAUGAGAGGAGAUUGCUACGAAAUGGUGACAGCAAAAGUCGCCUUGAGCAAUGAAAAUGUCUUGCUGCAAAAAGACAUUUUGCAGCUCAAGGAAAGGCGAAAGCGUUUCGUGGACCUAGAGGACACUUUCAACGAGGCGAAAGCUGAGACAGAGGACUUAAUGAGGAAGAACACAGCUUUGAGGGACGAGAUCCAGGGUUUGAGCAAUGAGGUUCACAAGGAAAAGCAUCUCAGGGUAAAGUUUGAGGCCUUGAAUGCAUCCAAUGAGACCCUGAGGCGUGAUAGUGACGCCAUGGGGAAGGAACUUGUGGAUCUCAACCAACAGCUUGGUGUUUUGAAGAAGGGUCGUUGUCAUUUGACGACACUCGAUCACCUGGAUGAUUUGAACGCGGAAAACAACUCAUUGCAAAAGAAUCUGGACCAUGUCAAGAAAGAGAUCGAUCGUAAGAAACACUUCAAGCACGAACUCCUCAAUCUGGAAGUCAGUGAAGCAGCCUCCCAGGUAAAACACAGGUUCCUGAAAGAGGUGCUCUCUGAGGCCCAGGACAAACUCCUUUGCGAAAUGCAAUGGCAGCAGAAAUUCGACACCGCGGUUAUUCAGAGGGACAGCUUGGAGAACGAGCAAAAGAAACUGAAUGAAGACGUCCAGUUUUUCCAAGACAAGCUCAAAUCUCACGGGGAGUUCAAGAAAAGUUAUGAGGCCGUCGAAGUGGCGAAAAAAACUCUUACCAGCGAAAACAGAGCCCUGCAGGAAAAGCUGAACGACCUGCGGAAAAAGUGUCCGGUCGAUGAGCAGGAAGAAGUUCAGGCUCGAAACCGGGAUCUCAAACGCCAGGUCCAGGAAAAUCAGGACCUCAUUAACGGUUAUUAUCGGGACAAUGACACCCUUUGCGAUGAGACCCUUGAGCUCAUGAUAACAGUGCAGGAGAAUAGAGCUCAGUGGGCCAAGCAUUAA